AUGGCUUCACGCAGAGCUGUUCUCUCACUCUCUGGAGUGAGAGCAGCAAUCCCUAAACGCAGCACUUCUAUUACCCCUCGACAAAUUCAAAGAUAUCAAUCCUCUUCUACUUCAGCUCUAGAAUAUAAGGCACUUCACCGUCGCAUCUCACCUCUUCCUACAUCCGAUGCUCCUCCAGCAUGGUCAGCACAAGCAGCUGUUUCCAACAUUCUCUACGAAACCCCCGCUCCCUCCGCCACUCCAGCAAAACGCCAUGUCCUUAACUGUCUCGUACAAAACGAACCCGGUGUUCUAUCCCGCGUUUCCGGUAUUCUCGCAGCUCGUGGCUUUAACAUUGACUCCUUGGUCGUUUGCUCUACUGAAGUCGAAGACUUGUCUCGCAUGACAAUUGUUUUGUCCGGUCAAGACGGUGUUGUUGAGCAAGCUCGUCGCCAAUUGGAAGACUUGGUUCCAGUUUGGGCUGUUCUCGAUUAUACUACUUCACCCCUCGUACAGAGAGAAUUACUUCUUGCGAAGAUCAAUCUCCUUGGUCCAGAAUACUUCGAGGAAUUGUUGGCGCAUCACAGAGAAAUUACUGCUAGUGAUCCUGAAGCUUUGCAAGGUCAAGAUGAUUGGGCUACAAAGCGAUUGGCAGAAUUGAAGGAUAGCGAUGAUUUCCACCCCGUCAAAUUGGCCCAAAGUCAAGCUUUGAGACAUAAGCAUGAGCAUUUGAAGUCGAUCACAUAUUUCACACAUCAAUUUGGAGGCAAGGUCUUGGAUAUCAGCACACACAGCUGUAUUGUCGAGGUCUCCGCUAAACCAAGUAGAAUCGAUUCAUUCAUGAAGUUGAUUGCUCCAUUCGGAAUUCUCGAGUCUGCACGCACAGGUCUCAUGGCUCUUCCUCGAUCUCCAUUAUAUGGUCCUAACGAACAGGACAACUUGGUGAAGGAUGCUGAAGAAAUUGUUGAUGCAAGUACUUUACCUCCAGGAUAG